UCCGUUCAGAUCCAUUCGAACCGCGGACGCGGCGCGAGGUGGCUAAGGGGGACGUGGCCGUUACCGAGCGCGCGGACAUCGGAGCGCGUGAAUGUCCCGUGUCGCAUCGUUCGAUUUGUUUGAACAAAGGGAACUGUUUUGAAAUCCCCUUUUUAAGGCAAUCGUCUGAAUGCGCCUUUGAUGAUCGGCUCGCGUUUUAGGCGAGGCGGUGUUGUUCCCUAUCGCUGUUGGGGAUUUUUGUUUUGUUUUUGUUUUAAACUGGAGGAUGUGUGAUGCGUAAUAGCGUCGCACGGGUAAGGGACGCGAUGACAUGCCGGGUGGGGAGGAAUGAGUGAUAGUAGUGAUGUUGGCCAUCCACCCUCCUCGACUGCCGUGCCGGCCUUAAUAGGUGCUCGCUAACAGAACUUGCCCCAACAGUAUCUCAAGGCUAUACGGGGUCGCUUUGUCUUUGAUGAUGACGCAUGGCGAUAUUGUUAUCAUCACUGCACAUAGUUUAAUAAGCACGCUUCAUCCAGUGGAUAGAUCACUUGCCACCGCUCAUGGCUGUUCUGGAUAAAGCGUUCUGAUUGGUCAGACAUGUCGGGCAGGGCAGUCACCGCACAUCGGUGUGUAUGUUGAACUUUUUUCGCACCGUACGUAGCCAACCGCGCUAUUGUGAGCCCCAUAGCCUUGAUAAGAAACGCCAAUCGGAGGCGCGGGAGCAGUGGUCGCUGUUCGAGUGCGUGCAGGUGUCUGGGAUGGUCGUCGUGGUCGGGAACGAGUGCGCAGGCCGGGCAAGGGCAUUGCAGUGGUCUCCACGAGUCCGUUGACCAAGAAGAAGCCGCGCAAUAUCGCGUAGCCAGGGAAGAUUGGUGCCGCAGAUAAAGCGUCCCCCGAGCAAGGGUUUUUGUGUCUGGAUAUGGUGGAGAAUUCAGAGCGCCGAGACGACGCGAAGUUUUGCUGCGAUCAAAAGAGUCGCGAGCCUCUCUGGAUGGCGGGGACAUUCUUCUUCCUUGCCCUGUCCGUGGCGCUUGCCGCGGCGCUGGGGUCAAAGGCCGUCUGCGCAAAGCAAGCCUCUGUGGAUGUCUGCACGAGUUUCCCGUGUCCCGACUCCUGCGACAAAACCCUCAAGCCCUGCAAUGGGCUGAUCUUCGAGGAGCUCUGGAAUCAAUUAAACCUGGACACCUGGGAGCACGAGAUCACCGCGGGAGGCGGAGGCGACUGGGAGUUCCAGCACUACACCAACAACCGCAGCAACAGCUACGUGCGCGACGGGACUCUGUUCAUCCGCCCCACGCUCACGGAGGAAACCUACAACGAGGACUUUGUGCGCACCGGCACCCUCAACAUCUGGGGCUCGACCCCGGCCGACACGUGCACGGACAACGCGUUCUACGGCUGCGAGCGCUCCGGGAAAGUGGGCAGCUUUGUGGUGAACCCGGUGCAGUCGGCGCGCCUGCGCACCGUCCACUCGUUCGCCUUCACCUACGGGUGCGUCGAGGUGACCGCCAAGAUGCCCACGGGCGACUGGCUGUGGCCGGCGAUCUGGUUGAUGCCCAAGAGGAACGCGUACGGGAAUUGGCCCAGCUCCGGUUUGAUCAACAUCGUGGAGUCCCGAGGGAACGUGUAUCUGAAGGACGCGCAGGGAGUGUCUCACGGGGUGGACGAGAUGGGGUCCAUCCUCCACUGGGGACCCUACCCCGACCUCAACUCGUGGUGGAGGACUUACGUGACAAAGCAUGCGACACAGGGGACAUUCGGAACUGGAUUUCACAAAUACGGGAUGGAGUGGACACCAGACUACAUCAGGUUCCUGCUGGACGGUCAAGAGAUCCUAAAGGUGGACCCUGGUGCGGGUGGCUUCUGGGAAUUUGGGAAGUUCCCGGCGUACUUGGAUAACCCGUGGAAGGGGCGGGGAAAGAUGGCCCCCUUCGAUCUGGAGUUCUAUCUGAUCCUCAAUCUGGCCGUUGGGGGCACUGUGAACUUCUUUGACGAGUGGACGAACCGGCCGCACGCAAAGCCCUGGAACAACACUUCUCCCACCGCUAUGUUGGACUUCUACAACGCCAAGUACGUGGCUCUCGCGGGUAUCACGCGGGUAUCACGCGGGUCCCAGUGGCUCCCCACCUGGAAGAGGGAGGUGAGCAACGGCGAGGAGGCGGCGCUGCAAGUGAAGGACAUCCGCGUGUGGGCCUACAAGUAGGAGAGCCCUUCUCGUGGAGCUACGCGAGGCUCCACGUGGAGCCAUGUGUAUCUGUUCAGGAGCCAUGUUUGUUUGUUGUAGUACGGAGUUAGACUGAUGGCCUUAAUCUAAGUUGUCUUGUGGUUGUUGUUGUUGUUUGACUUGCAUCCCACUGGGAUUUGUUGCACACAGUGUUGGUGUACGGUGCUUUUUCUGCAAUAUGUUGCUGUCUUUUCUUGGAUUUUCUGUUUGCACUUAGUCACAUAGUCACUUUAAGAUGUUUUCUUGUUCAUGUUUUUGUAUUUUGUUUGUUGCGGUAGCACCCGAUUCAAGAGCCGAAUGGCUCACAGGGUUAUACCUAAUACAUGAACUUGAACUUGAUGUGGAGCCUCGUCAAUCAAUGUUUCUUUCCUACACGGAAUAGCACGUUUAGUCAGUUACCCAGCAAGUGUGCAUGGGAGCCACGUGGAGCCACGUGGAGUCACAUGGACCCCUCACAGCAAAUACAUGAUAUGCUUCGAUUUAAAGCUUUCGUGACUGCAGGGAUUCAUCUUCUUGGUUCUUUCGGUAAAGUCACGUAGAACGGAAGUAAUAAACUAAUAAAAAUAAAACAUAAUAAAAUAAUUCUCACGACGUUUCGGCCACAACGCAAGCAGCCGUCCUCAUGUGACUUUACCGAAAGAACCAAGAAGACAUGAUAUGCUUUGUAAUGGAUCUCAUGAUAAUAUUUUGACGUGUAUAUGCUGUAUUGGUGUGGUGUGUGGGGCUAUAAGGGCGCGGUAGUGUAGUUGUUAGCACGCAAGCGCUACGCACUCGGGAACCCAGGUUCGAUUCCCGCUCUGGGCCAUCGCCAGUGACGAUUAUCUGAUGUGCAAGCAUUGCAACUGGGGAGACAAAGGCGGCCGGGCGUGGUGAUGCUGUCCCCACCCAUCCCCUUGUGUGCUUUGCUGCCCUUUACAGGUGCACGCUAACAGCACUUGCCCCAACAGUCUGCUUAGGCUAUCUGGGGGAUCAAUAUCUUUGGGUGUAUGUGCUGGGGAUGAGUUCGGAUUUUGAAGGACAAUUUCGGUUCAUUCCAGAACGUUUCCAUCGAACAAUCGUUGAACGUCGUCUUAGCACCGUACGAGUGGCGGUGACAUCAUCAGGGUGUUCGUCACGUGCUCCUGUGACGUCACCAGAUUCUGGAUCAUUCCUCAAAAAAAUGUUUUUUGCUUUUUUGGAUCACCCAGAAUUUGCGAUGCGUUUGGUAUUAGUCACCAAAAAAAUUAACCCGUAAAAACAAAGUUUUUCACUAUAAAUCCUUUAUAUGCGUGGCGGCUAGAGUCCUCUCGUCCUCUGGCUUGAGAUGGCUGCCACCUAUGGGUCAGAUGAUUGCCUGCCACCAUUAAGCAAUUGGUAAUUAAAUAUAAUUUUUUUUUUCCUAAAAAGUGUAAAGUUAUGGAAUUUUUUUUCACGAAAAUAAAUUGUCACGCACAACGAGUCUGUGUGGAAAAUGUCAGCUCGAUUGGAUCACGGGAAGUGGGUUAAAAACGACCGAAAGAUUUGCACGGUCGUAAGCGCGCAAGCAAGCAAGUAAGUGAACUUAAUAUGAAGGAUUUAAAAAGGACCGGGAACCGGUAAAGGCGAUAUGAAGAUGUGCAUAUCUCGCGAGCGUUAACCGGCAGUCGCGAACAAACCGUUACGUGCAUGCAUCAUCCGGAAUCCCAUAUUGUAAAACUAGAAUCUA